CUCAUCGACACACAGACGCGCGGACGCGACAACGAACCUCCAUUAUAAAUAACCUCCUUUUAUUUAAUCUGUGCGCUCGAUAGCCUAUUUUUUUUUCUAUUGAGUCUGUAGUGUAACGAGCUGUCAAAUUGUAAUUUUGCCGCGAACGUAAUUGAGGUUAUGAUUUUAUUUUCUGUGUUUGUAAACAAUUUUAUGUGUGUUUUAAGUUGUUAAGUGGGGUUUUUAAUGAGUGCUUGUUAAGUUAAGUGAGAAAAGAACGGUUUAAUGUGUAUUCGUGGUUAAAUAUCUAGUGUUUGUUGUGUUUUUUUUAUUAUUUUGCGUUUGUUUUCAAAAAGUGUGACGCGUCAUGUGUUUCGUAUUUUGAUUUCUGAAGUUGGAUCGCGACCAGUCGCUAGGACAUCGCCGGGCCAGGCGGACAUGACAACAAAACGACGCCAUGUUUAAUUUCUUCAAGAGAAAAGGCGGGAAGCCCGAGGCCGCGCCGGCAACGCCCGACGACGCCCGAAAACUCCCGAACCCCGACCAUACGAAAUUAACAUCAGUUACAGCGCGCGCGCAACGAAACGAUGAGCCAAACGAAAAAUUCAACACAAUACGCAAAGAUGUAGUGAACCUAUUGUUACCUGAGACUGACUACAAUAACCAGAAGACUGGAGUCGGCGCUAUCCUGCAGAUUAUGGCCGGGAAACGAAAGAAGGGGAAGCGAAGAAACGUACGCACUGAAUCGUGUAGGAUCAGCCCCUUGAGAGAGACGAAUAUACUGCAAAGGAGCAAUUCUGAUCGGAAGCCGAGUGACGUGCCCGUUCCCACACAAGCCAAAAAUACACCAGACGAUGCGGACUUCGUAAAAGCUUUGGUACUGCAGAAAUAUUCUAAGAGCAACGACAAUAAGGAACACGUGUCACUUGUGUACGUGAACGAGCCUGAUUUGGAUGAAAAAAAGCAUGCAGAGGCAUUACUUCGGGAGAUCGCGCGCUCAAUAGACUGUACUGUAGACAAGUUAAAUGAAACCAAACAGAUGGGUGCGACGGAUAGCAAAGUAGUUAAGAGUGAACCUCUAUACGAGAGUAUUGACGAACGAAAUUUGAAUUAUAGAAAUGAAUUGAAGGAAGAAUUAAAUAAAUUGUUGGAUGCGGAGAAUGAGAAUAAGGAAACAGUGAGUACAGAAGCUGAAUCGCCUGGGGUGUCGAAGAAAUCUAACUUGAAGCCUCCAAGGUCUGAUACGGAAGGCUGUUCAGACGACGACAGAUCAGACUGUGGGAAGAAGAGAGUCACAUUCAGAAAGCACAUAGUCUUUGAUGAUGGAGAGCAGCAAACCGAUGAAGAAGUCUGCUCCUCCUUCGAGUCCCUCUCCUCUGAAGAUGAGGAGUUUUUAGAAGACGCUGACGACAUUAUUUUCGCUGAUAACACAACAGUUAUCAAUGUCAAUGGUGAUCAAGAUGAGAAUGAGAAAGUGACUAUUAAAAUUGAGAGUCCCGAUACGUUGAAAAGGAUUUCGAGUGAUAACAGUGAUAGUGGGUUUAUAGAAAUAGGUGAUAAGAGUGAGGUUACAGACAAAUGUGAGAGUAGUGAGAGUGAGAGUGAGGAAGAAGUGAGUGAGAGUGAGACUGAGGAGGAGAUUAUAGAAGAGAUUAUUGAAGAAAUUGAAGAGAUCAGUGUUUGUGAACCUUUUGAAGUUGACAAUGGAAGCAAUUCGGAUGAGCCGAAAACCCUAGUGUCUCAGGACUCGAAAUUCCAGUCACAAGUAGCAUCACUGACAGACCUAGAAGACACGAGGUGCUCAGAAGCCGAAAGAACGAGAGAACUCAUCGCAGCUUACACGAAAGAAAUAGAAGAGAAGGAACAAGAGAUACAGCAAUUAAAAUGCGAGCUUGCAGCGGCUUACAAGGAGUCGGAGCUGGUCCGCCAGAGGAGCAGGUCCUUGGAGGAGGAGCUGACGGCAGCCAGGACAUGUUCCUCGAACCUCGCUGACCAACUGCAUAGGCGGAAUGAUGAGUCCCUACGCCAGAUCCGAGCGGAGCUGGAUGACGUGCUGGGCCAGCGAGCGGAGCUGGAGUCCAGGGUGCUGGCGCUGGAGCGGGACAAGGAACGACUCGAGCAGGAGAAGGUGGUGCAGGAGCAGAAGGCUCAGGAGGCACUAUCAGCGGCCGAGGCGUGCACGAUGAAGUGGCGCGCGGCGCACGAGGCGGCGCGCUCGCAGGCGGCCGCGCGCGCCGAGCGCAUGCUGGCAGACUGCGAGUGGAAGAUGAGGGAGCUGGAGAAACGGGCACGGGAUGCUGAGAAACAUAAUAAAGAGCUAACCACAACAGUAGACCAGCUCAAAUCGGACCCCAAACCCUCACCAGCUCAAGUAGCCGAGCUCCAACAGCUGCGAGGACUGGUCACAGAACAGCAGCGCUCAGUCCAAUCUCUUACCUUGCAACUCCAAAGAGUGGAGACGAGAGAAGAGGCUCUCAAACUUGAGGUCCAUAGGCUGAAGGAGUUACUAGAGAGGGAGACUUGCAGUGGGAAGGAGAAAGAAGAGAGAUAUAAGAAGGAAAUACAACAUCUCAAAGAUGAACACUCCAAGUCUCUAGAGACUGUACGAUCAGAUCUCCAGUCAGCGGCCGCUAGUUCUAGAGCGGCGCUAGAGAGGAGUCAUGCUGAGCGAACCCGCGCAGCCCUGGCCCAACUAAGAGCUGAGGCACAGCAGGACGCCAGGAAUGCUGAUCGGAAGCUCCGGGAGGUUACUGCUAGGCUGGAGAACUUGAAAGAAGUGCUAGCGACAAAAGAGAGUCAGUAUGAGCGCGCCAUAGCCGAGGCGCAUAGUAAGGCAGACUGGGACAUCAUGCAACUACGACAUAUGUUAGACAAGGCAGACAUCAAUUACGCCAACAAAGUUGAAGAGAUGAGCGAGAGAUUUGAGAAGGAGAAAGAAAGUUUAAUAGAAGAAUGGACAGAGAAAGUAAGAGAAAUAGAAGAACAAGCAGCCACAGCAGCUGAUGAAGCUAAGAACCUUCUAGAAUCUACUAGACUGAAGCUCAUCGCAGAGAGGAUGGAACAGGUCAACAAACUGAAGGAACAACACCGACAGGAGAUGGAUGAUCAAUGGGAGCAAUUUAUGGAGGACAAAGAGAAUUGUUUGGCGAGAAUGAAGACGGAGUGCAGACAAGAGGGAGAGGAAGAAAGAGUCAAGAGGGAGAAAGAGUUGAUAGAAGAAAUAGCCGAAUUAAAAUCGCAACUGCAAGCUCAAUCAAGCGAGUAUGACCACCUCGCGUUGAAAGCAGCGGCGUGCGGGAGGACGCUAGCGGUCACUGAACAAGAAUUGAGAGAGGCAUUGGCGAGAGAGAAAGAGUUGCGAGAGAAGAGAUCGGAAGAUGCGACGAAGAUUAAACAAGUGGAGAAUGCUUCGAGGGAUCAAAUUGAACAUCUCACUAGAAAAUGCGCCUGUUUGAGGAAGCUCUUCGACGACAUUCGAGCGAGACUCACCGCCCGCGAGCGAGCAGCUGAGCAGGAGUCCAAGGCGAAGGACAAGGAGCUCCAUCAGCUGAGGGGCGAAGUCGCCAGGCUCACCAAAUUACUCUUCGAACAAAACACUCCAAAAUUAGGUGCACGUACAAGGGCCGAUGGUUGCGAGACUGCGCCCCCCGAGGAGACGGCAGCGGAGCCCCGGCGCAAGGGUGGGACUCUUCGCACUCCCGAACCGAUUCGGAAGAACUCGAUGUUAGCCGAUUUCAGCCGACCGCGCCUCACUCCCGUCGACAUCACAGGAGGUCGACCCCGGGCCAAAAGCGUGGACCUCCCAGCAGUGCAAGUGCCAGUUAGAAUAAAGCAAUUAGAAGAGAGAAAUAAAGAGUAAAAUAUAUAGUUUUUUAUUGUACAUUGGCUAUUUGAAACCUUAUUUUUUGCUUGUUAAGGUAUGAUUUUGAAUAGAGAUAAUUUUCUCAGGUUUUAUGAUACCUAUAAUAUUUAAACUGUUCCGUUUUUAUAGCAUUGUAUGACAAGACUCCGUGGUGAACUAAUAUGAAUAUUUAAUUAUUAUGUUAUCGGCUUACUCACGUAACUGAUUGACGAGGAACUCGACUAGUUUCAAGCCAUGCUAGAGGCUCAUAUUCAUGAACAGCAUUCCGCGACACACGACGCGGUGACAGUCAAAUAAUGUAUUCCAAUUAAUCCAUAAAUAGGUACUUUUGACAUCAACAACAAAUAAAGUAAUAAAAUCUCCGCUCCGCUUCAAUGGAAAAGAUUUCGAGCAUAAUGAUUGGCCAAUUCGUGCACCGCUAAGCUCCUCUCCGCCCCGGUCCGCGUCAGUGGAAACGCGGCCUAAAUAGUUUGUCAGUCUGUCCGUCAGUGAAGCUAGGUGCUCGUUCGGAGAAGAACGAGCAAAAAAUUCCAUAAUCCAAAAUCUUCUACUUAAUUUAAACAGUCAUUGCAAGUCAGUCCCUAAGUCCAUAAUCGUCUCUCCUUACCUAAUAGCGACUAGACAUCUCAGCCAAUGUAUCAUUUAAAACUAUUUACUUCUAGAAAAUGAUUCCCAAUUUAGGAACUUAGCAGUCGGUCGUUUUUAAAAUUUGUGACAAUCUAAGUACAGCAGAUAUAGCUUCAAGCAAUCUCCUGGCAUUUUAUCUGCCUUUAGGAACUUCAUUUCUGAAAAAAUAUUAAAAAGUUUAGUUUAGGGUCAUUUAUAGCUCGAGACGCCGUACUCAAAGUCAUUUAAUGGUUACUUAUCCCAGUCCUUAGCAAGUGUUUUCGAAACAAAAUCAUGACUAAAGAGUAGUUAAAGUACAUAUAUUAUAGUAGUAGUGGACUUCCCUUGGGUGCAAACGAAACGGUUCGAAUCCACGUUCCUAAUCCGUGCAGCCAGGGAAUGGAACAAUCUGCCGGCUUCUAUCUUUCCUGAGAACGACCCGGAUCUUUUCAAGGUCAGAGUGAAUAGUUACUUUCUAAGUCUGUGUGCUCCAUCUUCGGCCACAUCUUCGCUUCGCCGUCCUGGCAGUAAGCGGGUUGGUGGCCAAACGCAGACUUAUCAACGUUGAAAAUAAAGUAAUCAUUAAAUGUCUAUGAGUACGGCAGUUACUAUUCAUGUUUACAAUAAUCAUCUACCGACUGACUAAAAAAAAGUUAAAUUUAAAUACUUUAUACUCUUUUGCUUAUUCGCCUUUAAUACCGAAGAGAAAGGGUAUCAAAUGUAUACUAUUAAAUAAUAAUAUGUAUAAGUGCAAUAAUAAUAAUAUUUAAUAGAUAUUUUUUAAUAAUACUCAUUAUUAUUAUUUUUUAAAUAAUGUAAAAUAAAUAACAUCUGCCAAGAAUAUUAUAGUGAUGUCAUACUAAAAAAAAGUGUUUAAUGAAAUGCAAAUUUUUUCAUAUCAACCAAUUUUAUAGUCAAAUUUCGCAGAUAAUUCUCUUGUCGUUCAUAAUUUUAUUCUUGAUUAUCGCCGUCGAUAUAAAAAAUACGUCAAAUUAUGUAUUAGUCUUACUUAUAGCAUUAUAACAGACAUUUUGGAACAGACUUUUAAAGAAAAAGAAAUAAAACUGUGUGAAUGAAUAAAAUAAAUAGUAAACCUAAAAUAAUGAAUCUUAAAUCACUUUAAACACCUUUUAAACAUUUAUUUACAAAGGCCUCUCAGAUUCUGCCUUAUAAUAAAUGUCGUCGAGUGAAUAGCAAUCUUUACUUCGUAAUAAAUCGAUAUUUAAAGAUGAAUGGUUAUAUAAUGCACUCAAAAUGCAUUCUCUUAACAUUUAUUUAUAUAAAAGCUGUAUUUAAUCGUUGACUGUGUACAUAUUACAUGAUUUUUUGUAAUAAAUAUUUUGAAAAUAAUA